AUGUCAAGCCCAUCCGCCUCGCCGUCUGGCGCUCGCCGCGGCGCCUCCGCCCAAGACAUCCUGGCACACCACCUCGCCGUCGCAAAGGACUUUGUCAAGGACCCGCCCGUGCGACCCACGACCAAGCGCGCUUCGCACGCCUUCCUCGUCGGCUACCUCAUCAACGUCGCCCUCGACGGCAUCCUACCGGGCAUCCUCCGCAAGAAGUCCGCGUCCGAGGCGCUCAGGUCGCUCGUCUCCGGGCCAACGUUCCGCAGCGCAUCCUCGCUCGCCCUCUACUCGCUCCUCUACCGUACGCUGAUCAAGCACAUCACCAGGCUGCGCAUCCUCCUCCUCGACAAGGUCCCCUCGCCAGAUAGCCAGGACCUCUCGACGCAUCGCUCGCGCCUCUAUGCUCGUCUCACGCGCACCCUCCGCUCGGCCUUCCUCGUCCCCUUCCUAGCCGCCCUCGCCGCCUCUCCAGCCUCGAUCCUCUUUCCUAACCCAUCUCUCCGGCAGACCUUCUCCAUCUGGGCCCUGGUCAGCGGCAUCGAAUCCGUCUACCGCGAGGCGCGCCGCCACAACUCUCGGCUCGUCUCGUGGGUGCCCGACUUUGUCGGCGGCGGCUUCUUCUACGCCCUUGGAAACGGACAGCUGCUCUGGAGCUUCCUGUUCGAGCCCGAAUGCUUCCCUUCGGCCUACGGCAAGGUCAUCCUCGCCCGCUCCACGGCCUACAUUCCGCCGCGCCCCUCGGGCCUCCCCGCCAGCAUCCCCUGGCCCGCGCCACGAGAGGUGGCAGAUACCAUCGCGCUCCUCAGCACGCCAUCCUCGACCUCGCCCGCAUACCCCGCCUUCUCUGCGCCCCUUCUCUCCGCCUUAACCCCGCUCGACCACGCGACCACAUCCUACAGCCUCAUCAACCCCAUCCUCGACUACUCGCCCGCCCACCCUGCGCACACCUCGCUCCUCUGCGCGGUGCUGCACCCGACCGAACCCAGUUGCUGGAAAAACUUCUUUUCCUUCUGGGUCAGGGAGUGGGGUGCGAGCGCGCGCUUCGUCGCCGCCUUUGCCGCCAUCGGCCAGGCGUUUGCCUGGAAGAAGAUGCUCAAAGACCCCGAGACCGCGCUCUUCAAAUACGCCAAGGCCGUCGUCCAGGGCGCCACCGUCAUCAGCGGCAGCAUCGGCACUGCAUGGGCCUUGACGUGCUUCUUCCAGAAGUACCUGCCCCGCACCUUCCUGCCUCGGUCCAGGUACUUCCUCAACGGUGUCCUCAGUUCCGUCUUUAUACUCGCCGUGCCUCGGGCCAGGCGGGCGCAGCUGGGCUCUUACGUCACAAGGCAGAGUCUCGCCAGCACUUGGGGAAUCCUCAAGAAGCAGGGCAAGGUCAAGAGCAUCAGGAAUGGCGACGUCUUCCUCCUCGCCCUCGGCCUCGGAAUGCUGGCUUCGCUCCACGAGAACCGGCCCACCGCCCUGCCGGGCAGCACCCGGCGCGGCCUCUCCCUCAUCCUCGGCCCUCCCAACGAGGCGGAAAAGGCUGUCCUGGCCCAGCGCGUCGACCCUUCUGCCGACUUCAAGUCCGAAUAG